CUAUUGGCCCACGGGCUUUCCAGCUAGAGCUAUAUGACUGCUGCCAUUGGUUACAUCUGACACGUGGGAUAGGAUUCCUGCAGCCCGUUGGUCAGUCAACCUCUCAGGCGCGAUUUUGCAACGCGGGACAACUCUGUGGGCGCACACAGCACAGGUCAGUUCAGACGACCCGUUGCGAAAAGAAGGAAUCUUAUCGUCAUCUUCAUAUCCAACUGUAUCUUUUGCGGAUACUUUGUAGCGAACCACGGGUCCGAGAUUUUACUAUUGCUCUUUGGAAAUGAAGGACAUAUUCACUCCAGAUUGAAUCUAUUGAUAACUUGCACUCAUUGAUUUUUGUCUGAUAGUCAUAUAGUUACUUAAACAGUUUUUGCUUGCUUUUGCCGGAGUUUUGACACCAUACGAUGGCCGAUAACCACCCGCACGUCAUUUUCUGCAACAACUCGCCCAAAAGAGUUUUGGUGUCUGUUAUUAAGACCACACCGAUCAAACCCAGGAAUGCGGAGGCCCUGACGCCGACAAGUCCCGGUUUCAGCGACUUCAUGGUCUACCCGUGGAAAUGGGGGGAGAACGCCCACAAUGUGACCCUGAGCCCGGGGUCCGUGAGCGGGGCUUCCUCACCUACCGGGACCCAGACGGCCAGGGAAGCGGACACGGAUCCUACACCUGACCAAAUCAGGGAUGGCAUCCGCAGAGGGCGUCCACGGGCCGACACCGUUAGGGAGCUCAUAAGCGAAGGGGAGACUUCGUCCAGCCAUAUUCGCUGUAACAUCUGCAACCGAGUGUUUCCCAGAGAGAAGUCUCUUCAGGCUCAUAAGAGGACGCACACGGGAGAGAGGCCCUACCUGUGUGACUACCCUAACUGUGGGAAGGCGUUUGUCCAGAGCGGUCAGCUGAAGACGCACCAGCGGCUGCACACUGGAGAAAAGCCCUUUGUGUGCUCAGAGAAAGGAUGUGGCAAUCGGUUCACCCAUGCCAACCGUCACUGUCCCAAGCAUCCUUUCUCCCGUCUGAAGAGAGAGGAACCAAAGGAGGGCCAGGAGAAGGCUCAGUCUGUGGAUAACAAGGCUGUGGCAGAGUGGCUUGUAAAGUACUGGCGAACUCGUGAGCAGCGUUCCCCCACGACUACCAAGGCAAAGCCCCAGGGCAAGGCAAGAUCUGAGGAUCAGGAGCAGCAGGAUCCCAUGGAGUUUCUCCAAUCCGAUGAAGAGAACGGGGAAGAGGAAGAGACAGCGGAGGAAGAGAAGGGCAGCCAGGGAGGAGCCGCCAAGCGCCGCCUCCAGGAGCAACGAGAGCGUCUCCACGGUGCUCUGGCACUCAUUGAGCUGGCCAACAACCUGUCGGCCUGAACACCCACCCGCUUCCUGAUCCUGGACUCCCACUUCCUGUCCCUAAUAUCCAUUCUCAAUCCGCCUUCCUGCAGUAUGUGCUGUAGCUAGAAAGCGUUCAUAAAUGCAGAUCAAUGACUAGUUUAUUCUAUCAGAGAGAUCAGUGUUAUGCACAUCAUCUGUUCCCCCUCAGCACCAGGAAGGUACAAGCUAAAGCACCUUAUUCAGCUUCCAUUUUAUCCUUUUAGGCUGCUAUGAUUGUAGAUUUGACUAUAUGAAGAAUGUCUUUCUUUCUUCCUUUUGUCUUCUAAAGGCAAAGAAAGAGAACCUAUUGUUUUAAUUUGUUUUGUUUGCACUUUGAUGGUAACGAGUUUUUUUGAGUGUAACAGAGUGUGUAUGACUGAUGUAUAUAUGGAUUAAGCUCAGAUGGACAGAAUGAUACAGGGUGUGGUCAAACAUAGGAAAUGUAAAGUUGCAUUCCAACUGUCAGAUGGCCUUUCAUCAUGCUCCUAGGUUUCAUCUUCGCACAAUUUCACUGCCACAGAAGACAGCGGUGGUGGUAGAAAUGGACUGAGAAACGUUCCGAUAGUUCAAGUUUAAGCUUCACCAAUACAGCACACUCCAAGAAGUGUGCACCGGUGGACCAAAAGAGAAAAAACAAGUCCGGGGAGUUUAAUCAGUCUGGCAUGUGACGUGGUCAUUUCUUUCGAAUGUGAGGUGAUCAUUGCAAGCAUAAUCCAGAGGUCUGGUUAGGCAUAAACUUUUCAAAAAAAUGAUUAUUUAAUUGUAUCCGCAUGACAUAACCCAAGGCGUGCAGAAAACUUCACCCGAACCGACUAUCUUACACAUUUAGUUAAGUAAUCUACAAUAGUUUAAAGGGCCAUAGUACCUUUUAGGACAUGCCAUAUUUCCAUUUUACCCGGCCAAUUUUUCUCAUAGAUACAAGAAACACGUAAAACCUGCACAUCUAAAGUUUUCCAACCAGACGGGAGAUAUUUUACAAUGGAUGAUGUCAGUCAACUUUUAUAUUAAAAGGUGGCAGACCAGUUACAACAUGGGCGUAGCAUCAUCGUAGUAGGUGGUGCAUCUAUGUCAUCUCAUUUCCAGGGUUAAAUUAUGAGAUAUUUAUUUUGCCAUAUAUAUGUAUAUUUUUCUUUUUCUUUUUUCUCCUGGCUAACAUUUUGUUCAACUUUGAUAGCCCUGCAAUCUUUUGCCAUGUGAAGGGAGGGAAAUAUUCUGGCACCAGCAAAAA